AUGCACUCUCCCCCGAAUCCGACUACCUCCUUGCCCUUUGUUAACGGCCACUCCUCACCUCUUGCGCAUAACAUGGUCAGCGCAGACGACAUGACCGCCCGUAGUGAAAGCGAACUAUCCGACUCCGCCAACACUCGCGCCGCCGCUCUCGAGUCCACAAGUGACGGUCGGAGUCCCGCACAGGACGACCAGAACGAUGAUGAGGCGAUGUCGGAGUCUUCUCAGAGCGAGGACGCCGAGGGAUCAGAAGACGCAGACUACGAGUCCGAAUCCCCUCCACCCGCCGAGGAGGACGAGCAAUCCUCGUCGGAGGAGUCGGCGAGACCCCGGAAGCGGAAGGCUAGUGUUGAAGAUGAGGACUACAUCAUGAAGGAUCCGGAGCUAUAUGGCCUCCGGCGAAGCGGCCGCGCUCGAUCGAACCGCCGCUUGAUCGAGAGCAGUUCGGAAGAGGACGACUCGGACUCUGACCCAGUCAACCCCCGGAGUCGGAAGAAGCGCAGGACUGCCGCGCCCGCCAGAGCCUCGCGUCGUGCCUCUCCUGACCCUCCCUCGUCUCCUGCGAGCGAAUCCGACUCGGACGAUGCCUACGUUGGCAGCCGCCGGAACGCUCCCACGAAGAAGCAACGGCAGCGUCAGCUGCUUGUCGCGGCGGGGCGGGCCCCACCUUCACAAGCUGAAGUCCGCUUCUCGACGCGAGCUGCCGCAAAGGUCACAAGCUAUAAUGAAGAUGACGAUGAUGAUAUGUUCAGCGAGGAGGAAUCCGACGAGGCGACACCAAACUAUUACUAUGUCGCUGAAGAAGAUGAUACCCCCAUUAUCGACAAAGUUAUCCUCCAUCGGCGCAAAGAAGGCAUCGAUGAGGACAUGUCAAAUCUUACCAAGCAUGAUUUUGAAUACCUAAUCAAAUGGCAGGGCAAGGCCCCUUUCCAUGCCACAUACGAGAGCUUCUCCUCCUUAUCUUCUUACAAAGGGUUCCGUAAAGUCGAGAACUAUUAUCGAAAGAUUGUUCUAGAGGAGGUUAGCAUUAUGGGUGAUCCCGACGUCCCGUCGGAAGAGAAGGAGAAGUGGAACCUCGACCGGGAGAAGGUGGAAGACCUUUACGCAGACUCUCGGCAAGUUGAGCGUGUCAUUGGUCAGCAAGAGGGCGAGGAGGAAACCGAAUACUACGUCAAGUGGAAAGCGCUUCCCUACGAGGAGUGUACCUGGGAGCCUGCCUCACUGGUCAGCCAGCUGUCGCAAAAUGAAAUCGACCGCUAUCUGGACAGGUCAUCGAAACUUCCGGUCACUGACAAGCGCGAGUCGAACCCCCAGACUCGUCGCAAGUACGUCGCCAUCCGGGAACAGCCUGAUUACAUCAAGUUUGGUCAGCUCCGAGAUUUCCAGCUCCGCGGUGUCAGCUUUCUUGCGUUCCACUGGUGCAAAGGGGACAAUGCCAUCCUCGCCGACGAGAUGGGUCUGGGCAAGACUGUUCAGACGGUAUCCUUCAUGAACUGGCUACGUCAUGAUCGUGGCCAGCAGGGGCCUUUCGUCGUCGUCGUGCCGCUGUCGACUAUGCCUGCUUGGGCAGAGACGUUCGACAACUGGGCGCCUGAUAUGAACUAUGUUGUCUACAACGGAAACGAGCCCUCGCGUAAGAUCAUUCGGGAGUACGAGAUGCUCGUGGACGGCAAUGUUAAGAAGACCAAGUUUCAUGUCCUCCUUACCACGUACGAGUAUGUUCUUGCGGACUCGUCUUUCUUGUCUCAGAUCAAGUGGCAGUUCAUGGCUGUUGACGAGGCACAUCGCCUCAAAAACCGCGAAUCGCAGUUGUAUGCCAAGUUGAUGGAUUUUGGAGCGCCCAGUAGGCUCUUGAUUACGGGUACCCCGAUGCAAAAUACAUUGGGCGAACUGUCCGCCCUGAUGGAUUUCAUCAUGCCUGGCAAGAUCGAAGUCGACGAGGACAUUGACCUGCAGUCUGAGUCGGCUAGUCAAAAGAUCGCCGAGCUCACCUCUGCUAUCAGUCCCUACAUGAUCCGCCGAACGAAGCAGAAGGUUGAGAAUGAUCUGCCGCCCAAGACAGAGAAAAUUAUCCGCGUCGAACUUUCUGAUAUCCAAUUGGAGUACUACAAGAACAUUUUGACCAGGAACUACGCUGCUCUGAAUGCCGCUGGCAAAGGGCCGAAGCAGUCUUUACUCAACAUUAUGAUGGAGCUGAAGAAGGCCAGUAAUCAUCCUUACAUGUUCCCCGGUGCCGAGGAGCGUCUUCUUGCCGGUGGCGAGAGAAGGGAAGAUCAGCUCAGGGCUCUUGUCACUAGCAGUGGCAAGAUGAUGCUCAUUGAUCAGCUCCUCACCAAGCUCAAAAAAGACAACCACCGCGUCCUCAUUUUCAGUCAAAUGGUCAAGAUGCUUGAUAUCCUUGGGGACUACCUUCAGCUACGUGGUUAUCAGUUUCAGAGACUGGACGGCACCAUCACGUCCGGUGCACGACGACAGGCUAUUGACCACUUCAACGCCCCAGAGAGUGCCGAUUUCUGCUUCUUGCUUUCUACCAGAGCCGGUGGUCUGGGCAUUAACCUGAUGACUGCAGACACCGUAAUCCUGUUCGACUCCGACUGGAACCCUCAAGCUGACCUGCAGGCCAUGGCGCGUGCGCACCGUAUUGGACAGAAAAAUCCGGUUACUGUCUACCGACUUGUCUCCAAAGACACUGUAGAGGAGGAAGUACUGGAGCGAGCCCGGAACAAGCUCAUGCUCGAGUACAUCACCAUUCAACGUGCUGUCACAGAUAAUGGUGACAAGGAGGCUUUCGACCGGAUCAAGGCGGCUGUGGCAGAGCCUACCUCAUCGGAAGACAUCAACCGCAUUCUCAAGAAACGUGGCCAAAAGAUGUUUGAGCAAAGCGGCAACCAAAAGAAACUUGAAGAGCUCGACAUCGAUGCGGUCCUUGAAAAUGCCGAAGAACACAAGACCGAGCAACCAGAGGGGAUCACUACCGACGGUGGCGAGGAAUUCCUCAAAAGUUUCGAGUACACCGAUGUCAAGCUUGACUUGGAAUGGGACGACAUCAUUCCCAAGGACCAGUUGGAUGAACUCAAGGCCGACGAGGAGAAGAAGAAGGAAGCCGAAUAUCUGGCCUCAGUCAUUGAGCAAAAUGCUCCGAGGAAGCGGAAAGCACCCAACGAAGAAAGGGAACAGAGAGCGGCAAAGAAGAGGGCCCGUCAAGCUGCACAGGAAGCUGCUGAAGCAAACCAAUCUGGAGACGAGUCCUCUCCGGACGAUGACCCCAAGCGUCCCUUGUCUGAAAAGGAGAUCCGCAACCUCAUUCGAGCUCAUGAGAAAUACGGCUCUAUCGAUGAACGUGGCCAAGACAUGGUUCGGGAUGCCAAGCUCACAGGUCGUGAUAUGGCUGUUGUCAAAUCAACCCUGAACGACGUUAUCGAGCAUUGCCAUAGCUUACUCAAAGAAGAGCAAGCUAAGGCCGAAGCGGCUGCUCGUGAGAACAACAAAAUCUUGACCAAGAAAGACAAGAAGGCAAUUCUCUUUGACUACAAGGGCGUCAAGCGGCUCAACGCGGAAACGAUCCUAGAGAGGCCCGUUGAGAUGCGGUUAAUCAAGGAAGCUGUCAACUCGGUCAAUGAUUGGCACACGUUCAGAGUCAACGGCGCAACCAAACCGGCCCAUUACACUUGUGACUGGGGUGCUCGCGAAGAUGGGAUGCUCAUGGUUGGCAUCUCGAAGCAUGGUUAUGGUGCGUGGGUGGCUAUUCGAGAUGAUGCAGAACUUGGAAUGACUGGCAAACUUUUCCUCGAAGAACACCGUGUGGACAAGAAAGAGGAGCGCAGCAAAACCGAGGAGAAGAACGCGAAGUCACCAGGAGCAGUGCAUCUUGUCCGCCGAGCCAACUAUCUCAUAAGUGUCCUCAAAGACAAGGUCAACGACAAAACGGAAGCGUCCUCGAAGAGGGCCGUCGACAACCGUAAUAAGAGACUAGGUACAUCCCACCGGCGCCAAGAGAAGGCCGGCAGCGGCUCUGCAAGCCCGGGACCUGCAAACCUGCGCAAGAUAAGCCGAGAACAGGAGAGGGCUCGUCACCGCGGACACAGCCAGAGUGAACACCGCCACAGUGUGGACCGUCGCUUGCAAGUUGAACGAAACGGUACGCCAGAGAUUCGCCGUAAGACAAGCGGAGAUCUCGAUGAAAGACACAAGCACCGCAAGUCAGAGGACCGGUCUCACGGCCACAGCCACAGUCAUAGUCACGGCCAUUCUCACUCUCAUUCCCACUCGCACUCUCACUCACAUGGCCAUACUCACAGCCAGAGCCAGCUUCGGCGGAGUGAUUCUAACACUGUCAACGGGCACACUGGCAACGAAGAUCCUCUGGCUAAGCUUCUUAAACCGAUUCAGGCGAGCUUGGUGUCAUUGAAAGGAUGCACUGCCUCAGCAUACCCUGAUAAAGUGGAGAGAUCUUCCAAGAUGAAGAAGGAAUUCAUGACUGUUGGAAACUUCAUCACUCGUGAACUGCGGGAGAAGACAAGUCCGACUCAACGAGCACGUUUGUGGUAA